AUGCAGUUGAUAGGACCAGAAAUCAUUGUGGAAACUACAGAAUGGAUUGCACAAAUGAAGGAAAACCUCAUGAAGGCUAGAGAUAGACAAAAGAAGUAUGCUGACAAUCGAAGGAAACCGUUAGAGUUUCGGGAGCUUAGUAAUGUACACAAUGUGUUUCACGUGCCAAACCUUAAGAAAUGUUUAGCUGAUGAGACGACAUACGUCCCUUUGAAUGAAAUACGAGUAGACGACAACCUAAGUUUCAAAGAAGAACCUGUUGAAAUUAUGGAUCGAGAAGUCAAUAAGCUCAAGAGACAUAAGUAUACCAUUGUGAAAGUUUGUUGGAACUCACGUAGAGGCCAAGAGUUUACUUGGGAAUGA